AAGCAAGAAUUUAAAGAAUUCAUCUUUAGCUGAAUCACAUGACUGAAAUGUUGAGAAAAGAAACAUUGUAACACUUUGUGCUAUGAUGUAUGCCGCCUUCGCUCAUCGGAUACAUUUAAGUCAAGUCUGUUAGUUAAUGCCUGGUAUUAAUUUGUAAAUAAAAUAAAAUAGCACAAACCGAAUUCACAUCUUAAUGGGAUACAGUGUCUCUCCACUGGGGCUUGGCUGUACCCUGUUUCUUCAUGGAGGAGGGGCAGCAGCAUCAUUUACCAAAAACCACGUCACUCUGUCAAACUUACAGCUUUUCAUGAAACUUGACCGGGGAGAUUCAAGAUCCGUUUGGGGUUUCUUCCUGGAGCACAUUUGAGUAAAGAUGCAGACUGGAUUUCGACUGAAUUGGAGUCCGCUGAAAGAACCGCUGGGUUUCGUUAAAAUCGUGGAGUGGCUCGCUGCUGUUUUAGCGUUCGGGACGUGUGGGGGAUAUAGUGGCAGAAAUGUGCUUUCAAUCUCCUGUGAUGGAAACAGCACUGAAACACUUCCGGUCAUCUUCUCCUAUCCGUUCAGGCUGAGUCGGGUACUUCUGGUGGAGAACGACACGAACCUUUGCAACCAAACGGUUGCUGAAGCCCAUCUGAUAGGAGAUUCUUCGUCCUCUGUCGAGUUCUUUGUGGCUGUAGCCGUCUUGGCCUUUCUCUACUCCAUGGUGUCUCUGUUGGUUUAUCUGGGUUACAUGCACGUAUACCGAGAUUCUGACUUUGGCCCGAUGUUUGAUUUUGUGAUGACGGCGGCGUUUGCAUUCCUGUGGCUCGUGUGCUCGUCGGCGUGGGCGAGGGGUUUGCAGAUGGUGAAGGACGCCACCGGCGCAACCGGCAUUCAGUCCACUCUUCACCUCUGUCUGAGGAGACUUGGUGCAUGUGAAGUUACUGAGUAUGCCAGCAUGCGCUCACUUAAUAUAUCUGUGGUAUUUGGUUUCUUGAAUCUUAUCGUUUGGUUUGUUAAUGCCUGGUUUGUGUAUAAAGAGUCACGCUGGCACUCUCAGAAGGUCAACGCCCGGCAGGUAGCAGGGCGGGGCCCGGGCCCUAUCUAAACCCCGCCCCCAAAUCAUCGCCACACACAAUAAGAAAUGUCCAACUCACCUGUGACAAACACAUCUAUCCAGCGCAUGAAGGUUAUACUUUAUGCAGUUGGUUUGUGAGAACAGUCAAAUGUUCAUUUCGUUUUCCUCUUUUGUUUUCUGUAUGUUGGUUUCCUGUGAACUUGAAGAACGUGUCUUUGUUUUUAAGUGCCUCACCCUCAUGUUCUCGAGGUUUUAUGAUUGUUUAUCAUUCCUCAGUUAUCUGUCACCGUAUUAUGUUUCAGCUCAUUUUUUCUAAACGUUUUUGCAUUUCAAUUUCUUUUAAGAAAACGAUUUCUUGCCUUUCUUCAUAUUGCCAACAUGUUCCAGUGUUCAUGCAUUUGUAUUUGUUUUUUUUCUGUGAUUUAAUGCAGUAUUAUACAGCAUUUCUGGUUUUUGCUUGAGUAUUUAAUUUCAUCCUUCCUCAAGUUUAUCUUCAUCUUACUUUUACACUCAUUGUUCAAUGUUAUUCCUCUGCCUAUUACGUUUAUCUGUAAAACAUUGUUAUCCGUGCACUAAAAGUGGUUCAUAUUUGGUGAAUAAAACUGUGAAGGACAGUGUUUGCAA